AGGUUUUAGUACAAUGGAAUAGAAGGAAGGGUCGUAGUAACUGGACGAUACUUUUACGACGUAGCUAAAUUUCAAACGUUUCGUGGUGUGUAAAUCCGCCGGCCGCUGGCCAGUUCUUCACCGUGACUCGACACGAGCGGAUUGUAUACCUGGUGGUCUCUUGCUCCUGCUCCUGUUUUAAGUUAUAUUCUAAUCUGUUUGCUACCAUCUACCCAACUCUUUGCUACCAGUGCUAUUUUCUUAAUCGAUCCAAGACUGCGCAAAAUAAAAUAUUAUAUUUAUUUUUUUGUUUACUUAACAGUUAAUUAAAAAAUUCAAUCAACCAAUCAGUUAAUUAAUCGAUUAAUUCAUUAAUUUUUUAUCAAACGUGAUAUGAAAGUUUGAAAUUCUGUUUAUUGUUUGCAAGCUUCUUCGGAAGCUAUCGACGUCAUUGGUAAACGUAACAAAACUGCUGAAUCAUGAACUCACAGAUAAUUCGUCUUGCUCUUCUUCUAAUCAGUGGUGCCAGUGUUAUUUCAAGUUACGGAUGCGGUAAAGAAGAUCAUCAAAAAUGUGUUACAUUAGCGGAUCCAUUGCUCAAAGAUCCUCAUCUUAUUUUCCCAGAUAAUAUGCAAGAUAUCGAUUUAGUUUGCCGAUCUUGGGCAGGUUUUGUCGAUUGUAUAAAACAAUAUAUCGAUAGAUGCUUCUCUAAACAAAGAAGAGAUCAAUUUAAUGCAGCCGUCGAAGCUCCGAUAUCUUCAGUCCAUCAAAUGUGUUCUGUUUCCACAUAUCAAGCUGAGUAUCUCCAGCAUGCUAGUUGUCUAAAAGCAACGGUAACAGAGCCUCAGCAUUGCGGAAACGAAUACUCAGCACUUGUCGAUGAAGUUUCACGGGGUGAAAUGGCGCGCGCGAAUCUCUGCUGUUUACAUCACCAAUUUAGAUCAUGCGUAAUAACUGAAACACGUAAGCGAUGCGACAGAGGAGAUCCUUCAGGCCCUGCUUCAAGAUUUUCACGGCAAAUUCUCGAUCGCGCCCUUAGUUUUCUGCAAGAGCAAUGUCAGAAUUAUAUCCCAAACAAUAGAGACUGCGUCAACUCAGUGACUGAAAACUCAAUACCUCUGUCUGUGAGCUCCAUUGAAGAAAGCUCCAGUCGCGGUACCAAUCGUCGGCCUUAUCAUCGUACACUAUCACCAGAAAGCUACUCAGGUCAAGCAAGUAGUUUCCAUGGAGCCAGUACUAGUGCGAUGAAUGGGCCAUCAUCUUACCGAAGCACCGGAAGAUCUUUGAAUGUUCUGCCAAUGAUUUACCACUUCGUAGAAAACGAAGAGUUUGACAGCCGACCGGCGCCGACUAUAGUCGCCUCGGAAACUCAACGUCAGUCAACUACAGAAGCUCCAAGUUCCAGUCCGGAAGUCGCGACACCUAAAAGUACAACAGACUCACCCACGGAAGCUGAAGUAAAAACGACUGAAGAGAAAAAGGAGACAUCGACGAUCACUCACAGUAUUGAAGAACCGGCUGUUGUCGUCACUCAACGAUCACAAAAUUAUGGAAGAGGUAUUUCUUGGACUACACCUUCUCCAAAAGUUACUACGGAAAUUCCAGCUUGGGCUACUAGUUCUUGGGUAACUUCUAAAGAUGAAGCGGCAACUGAGUCAUGGUACCCAGAUGCCGGAAGUUUUGGAGGAAAUAAUAUCGAUGAACCCAACCAACAAGGUCUCAGAAAUGGCCAAUCCCGAUUAAGAAUGAAUUUAUGUCUAACAGUUAUAUUAAUUUUCGCGGUUUAUUCAAUAUAAAUAAAUAUAUAUUUAUAUAUUUUUUGUUUCGAGCAUCGAAUUGUUGUGUAUAAAAUUAAAAAUUUAAUUGGGCGAAGCAAAUAUUAAUAUUAAUUAUAAGCAUAAAUAAUAAAUCGUGUAUUCCAACGAUUUAUCUUUAAUUUCCAGUAAUAAUUAAUUAGUUAUCAUUAAUCAUAAUAUUAAUAAUUAAAUAUUUAUCUUACGUUCUUUAAAAUGUAUAUUGUAUAUAAUUAUAAUAGGAUUUUUUUUUUAACUAAAAAAAAAUUAAGAAUUUAAAAUAGACAUCGAGCGAUUAUUUACGACUAAUGACUAAUUAAAUAUUUUAUUUAAAUUCCAGUAUUUUAGACGUAGUACAAAUUACAAAAAAAAAUCUGUAAAUUAAAAUAAAGCUCGUUCUAGUCCAUUUUAAUAAUUACAUAAUUUUAAUUUAAUAUAAUAAAUAAAAUAUAUUCUUUUUUUUUUUUUUUUCAUGUACAUCUUUUAUUUUCUCUUUCAUUUUUAUUAUUUUUUCUUCAAGUACGCAUAUGUUUUUAUUCCGAAUCAGCUAAUAAUAAUUACAAAUAACGCAGGCUAGCACAGAAAUAAAAAUAAAAAAAACAUACACGGAUAUUUUUUUCUUUUUAAGAAAAAAAAAAUAAUUAA